CUUCCGUUCUUGCUACCCCCGAUCCUUCGGUGGUUCGUAUGCAAGUGUGUUGCGUCGGCACAUUAUAUGCAGAUGACAGAUAAAGUGGGAAACAAACGCAAUGCAGCAAAUGAAGCGAUUGCGCAAAAGGAUGACAACAAGUGCGUCUUUUGAAAAAAAAGGAAGAGGGAGAGAGAGAUCGAAGCGUUCCUUCCCUUUCAUGACCGGCUGGAUCUAGAGCAGGGUUCGGCAAGGCAUUGAUCAUAUACGUUCGGAAUAUCUCACGUACUUGUGGAUGUACUUAUCUGAACUUACAAAACAGGUUUUACUAGCUUUUCAGACUAGAGGCCGCAUUCAUUACAUACGUUGACAGACUGUAAUGCUACCAGAAAAUUAUUCAUAUAGCUAAAAUAAUGUUUGUCGAACCCUUGCUCUAGAUCACGUAAAAGCAUCCGGUGUCCGGAAGGCAGCGAUGUGUCUCGAAACACCCUACGAACCGCAUGCCCUUACCCGUUCCAGCACAUCUGCGUUAUCGCUCAGCAGAAAUCUGUUCCGACCUCAUUAACCCAUAAAUAUCGGAUCACAUUUUUUGUACGCUUGUUUGUUGCGUCUACCUACUUAGCAAAACGGCAUCCCGAAGUGAUGCAGACCGCACGGCGAAGCGGGCCGGAGAAGCGGAACGAUACAAACCCGCUGACAGGGGUUAGGUUUGUUUGUACAUUCGUCAUGACCGGCAAAUGACUUAAUUUCUUCACCAAAUGGCAAAUGUGCGCUGUGUCAUGUUUCUCGUCCUCCUGUCCUUCUCUUGCUGUCUUGCUGUCUCGCACGUUGCGGCCGUGACUGUGGACCGUGCACCGAGGGAAGGUCGUUCAGUUUGUACGGAACCGUACACGAUACCGGGAGUGUGUUAUGGUUAGUGUGAACGAGCGGUAAAGGUGGGUUACCGGUACGAUGAGCCGCAAUCGGCGCAGCACCAGCACGUCCGGCGAAUCUGGCAAGGAUCCAGCGCUUAGCUUCGACCAGCGUCUACAGGCAAAUGCACGGGAACGUUACCGUACGCACAGUAAUGCUUGUCUUCUCGUGCACAGUGUGAACUCGGCGUUCAACAAUCUGCGCCAGCUGAUACCGACGGAACCGCACAAUCGAAAGCUUUCCAAGAUUGAAACGUUACGACUAGCGAAAAGCUACAUCUCGCACCUGAUCGCGGUACUCGUUACCGGCAACAGUCAACGACCGUGCGUCGACACGAUCAACCAACGGCAGGAGGUGGAGGAGGACGAAGCGACCUCCAUCAAUCACGGGCAGGACGAUUCGGAUGCGUCCUCACCCAUUUCCUCACCUUACCGUCAAUCAAUCUGCACGUUUUGUGUAACGUUCGACAAGUGUUAAACUACCCGUGUCGUUUGCCAACAUGUCCGCACGUUGCGCUUGUACAAUGGUUCCCUUUCUCGACUACAGUAAAAGCACCAAAAAGCCAUAUACCGACGCACAUUUUAUUAGACUUUAAGGAAAAGUUAAAGACACGCGAACACACACAAAGCUUUAUCAACGUAACAUGCCUAUAAGUAUUGCGUCAAGUAGUGAAAUGUCGGUUUCCUCUGUUCUAGUGUAAGAUUGCGGUAUGUUUAAUGUCAACGACCACAAGAAGAAAGUGUAAAAUAAAGUCUUAAAAUAUAAA